GGUUGCAUUCAGGCCCUCCCUCUGUGGCCUGUGCCUCUGUGGAACAGCACCAAAGAACGAUCUAACGUGCAACAUAGGGUUUGGAUAAUUGAUCAAGUGGUUACCAGCUUCUUUUUUUUUUUUUUACCCCUUUUGUGCUCCAGUGGUUUUGCAUGAUCUGAGCCCAAAGAAGCCUCAAAGUUUUUGCAUUUUUUUAAAAAUUCGUCUGAUCAACAGGUUUCAUGAUCUGAGGCCUUACAAGAAAGAUAAAGGUUCUGGCAGGAACACCACUUUCUCAUCAGGACACUAAUAGAAGAAACAGUUCUCUCUUUCCACAGGAAAACUACUUCUGAUUAACUCUUAAGAUUGGGAUUUCAGCAUCUCACCGCUGAGAUGGAAGCACGGACCUCCACCACCACCACUGUCCUUGAGAGCAAAGGAGGUGAGUCGAGUGCUCCAGCUACACGAGUGUCCAAACGCACUGUGAUGGAUGAUCUGUAUACCACCUUCAGUUCCCCUGUGGCCUGGGUACUAGUCCUGGCCCUCAUCAUCACCUGGUCUGCAGUUGCCAUCAUUGUUUUUGACCUUGUGGACACCAAGAGCCUGGAAGCCCAUACAUUAUACUGUGACGACCCCUGUUUGCCACCUGGACCUCAGGCGGCGCGCGCCAGGAAAGCCUUCAAGGAGGCAGGCGGCCUUAGAGGAGGUAUUCAGCACAUGAGCAGAGAACCCGUGAAGGCGGUUCAUGAAGCCGUGGACGACUCCAGCGACUGGAUGAAUGCAAUCUUGACCUUUAUGACAAAUUUGGUAACGCCGGAAGAGGAGGAAGAAGCAGUGGAAUGGCAAGCAGUGAAGAAGAAAGGAGAAUUCCUUCCAGCAAGAAAAAAAGUUGCAGCAUUGCAGGUGAAAGAAAUCAUUCAGAAGGAGGAAGAUGAGAAGAAGAUGAAACAAGAGGAAGAGGAGGAUGAAGAAAUGGAGGAGAAGGAGGAAACAUCUGCAUUGGAAGAAAUGAAUGAAACAGAAGAGGAGGAAGAAGAAGAAGAAGAAGAAGAAGAAGGGGAGGAGGAGAAGAAGGAGGAAGAGAAGGAAGAGUUGAAAGAUGAAGAAGAUGUGGAAGAUAAAGAUAAGAAGCGUGAUGCAAAGGCUACCAGAGUUGAGGACAAGGAUCAAGUCAAGGCAGAGAAAGAAAAAGAGAAAGAAGAGAAAAAGGCAAAGCAGACCAAAAAGCCUGAGUUAGAAACAAAAGGAAAAAAGAAAAAAGAAGUAGAAAAAAAGAUAGAUGAGGAAGAGGAAGGAAAGGUAAAAGAAAGGCUAAAGCUAGAUGCAGGUGUGGAAGAGAAACAAAAAAAAGAAAAGAAGAAGAAAGAAGAGAAGGUAAAGAAAGAAAAAGUGGCAAAGAAGAAGGAGGAGGAAAAGGAGGAGGAAAAACCUGAAGUGGUUAAAGAGAAGAAGAAAAAGAAAGAAGGAGCAGACAAAACUAAAGAGGAUAAAACAGCUGCUUUAAAGGAAGUUGCAGAGGAACAGAGAGCAGCAGCAGAUGCAGAAACAGAUGAUGAUGAUGGAGAGGAGGAUAAAGAUGCUGACAAGGUGUCAAAAAUUGGAGAAGAAGAAAAAACAGCAAUAGAACCUGUUAAUGUGGCAACAAAACAACAGGAAGACGAAGAAGAUAAAGCAGCAGACAAGGAAGAGGAAGUCGUCACUGGCGAUGCCAAACCUGCAGAUUCAGCUUCCAUUGAAGAAAGCAAAGAUGAUAGUAAAGAAGAAGAAAAAGAAGAAGAAGAAGAAGAAGAAGAAGAAGAAGAAGAAGAAGAAGAAGAAGAAGAAGUAACAGUUCCAAUUGCUGAUAAAAAAGGUGACGACGAUGAAAAACCUGCUGAAGUCAUUAACGACAAAAUAGCUGAUGAAAAAGAUGAGAAAGAAGAGGAAGAUGUCAAAGACACAGCUAGAGGGGACGAUGUAGAAGAGAGUGUUGUUGACCAAAAAGACAAAGAUGACCAAAUUAAAGACGAAGAUGCUCUGAAGGCUGAGCAGGAAACAAGAGAUGACACAAUAAUCAUUGGCACUGCCACACUAGAAACUGGCACCAAAAAACUAGAGGCAGAGAAAGAAGAGGCAGUGAAGGUGGCUGAGGUGGAAGAGAAGGAGGAAGUAAAAGCUGAAGAUGAGGAAACGUUCAAACCAGUGGCUGAAGGUGAGCCCAAAACAGUGGCAACAGAGAAUAAAGAAGAGGAAAUCAGCAAACUGAAUAAAACAGAAGCUGAAAAGGAAGAUAAACAAAAAGAAUCUUCCCCCUGUGUGUGUAUGCAGCCGGAGCAACCCAUACUGCCUCCAACACAAGACACUGAGGCUGAGGAGGAAAAAAGUACUGAUGAGGAAGAAAUAAAGCAGCCACAACAAAAGCCUGAGCAAGCUGUGAAGCAGGUGGUGGAUUCAGAGCUACUGCAGAAAAAAGAAGACGUUGACGUCGUGGCCCCACUGCAGGAUCUCCCAGCAUGCCGUCCAACGCCGGUGUACUGCCCAGCACCGCCCGGCUGGUACGUGCAUCACAUAGUCACAGAUAGUCCAUUACCACCGACGCCGGUGCGAGAGGCACAAUUUGCUGCAAUAGCAACUCAUGCAGUCACGCUUCAAAGACAAGAUGCUGAACAAAAGACACCAAAGCACGCUACAAAAAAGAAAGAGCCGCCUGUUAAGAAGCGAAAAGUAACACCUACAAAGAAUGUUGCUGUCUCUAAACUAUUGAAAGCAAAGGCACCUGAAAAGAAAGUAAUACCUCAGAGAAGGAAAGUUCUCGUGACUCCCAAAGAUAAGCUCAGACUGAUCCCACAUAGGCGAGAACUAUCAAGGCUGACAAAACCUUUCAGAUCAGUUGAAGCCGCAAAAAAGAAGGCCAAAGUCAUGAAAAAAGGAAAAGAAGAGAAGAAAGAAGUCAAGGACGUGAAGCCUGCAGUCUCGGAUAAAACCAAAAGGAAGCCAAUGAAAGCAAAACAUACUGUACUUCCAGCUAAAGUGGCCAGAACCAUUGCUGUAAAAGGUAAAAAAGAAAGAAGGCCUGCUCUUGAGAAGAAACAGCCUGCCAUCAAACCAGCUCCAGAAAAAACGGAUGUUACGAGCAAACCUGCUCCAGAAGCCAAAGUAGCUGAUUCAGAAGGGAAAACAGCUGCUCCAUCUGCACCAACAAAAGAAUCCAAAGUUGAAGAAAAUGUUACAGAAGGGAAAAAGAUGGGCAAGAUCCCUUACUUCCAGUGUGUACUAGUGGGUGGAAAAGCCAGCCAAUAUCCACUACGUCCGUUAUCUCAAGCUACGACUCCUGCUAUUAACCCGGCCAUGAUGAGAGCCAUGAUGGAGCAGAGAGCCAACGUGCUCGAGCAGAAAGCCCGGCCAGCAGGGCAGUAACUCCGAAAGGCUGAUUUUUGUGAAAUUCUUUAUGAAAGCUGCUGCUGAUGCUCUCACAUGGUGCUAGUCUCUUUAUCAAACUUUGAACGUAAUUCUAACCAACACUAAACACCUGAGAGUCUUUUUUAAAAAUUAUUAUUGUCUUAUGGGUUUUGGAGCCAAUAAACUAUUCCUUUGUAAACGGCCAUAUCAGUUAAUCCAGGGACAGGUAAAGAAAUUAUUUAUGGCAAAGUUGAAGCAGUGUUUACACGACAAUAUUGUACACAAAAAUACAGAUGCAUUAAGAAUCACAUGGUAUAAUAUAUACAUUUACAUUGCAUAUAACGCUUAAGAGUAAUUUUUUUCAGUUACAUUCAAUGCUGAGUUUCCAGAAAGCAUCAACACAGCAUGAAUGGUAGAGCGAGCAUCCCAUCCAACUCUGUCUACCAGUUAAAACGAUCUUAAAUUUUCAAUGCUUUUGGGAAACUGGCUCCAGGUCUGUUUACAGUACAUGUGUGGACGUUUUGAAGAAACCUUGUUUUAAUAGUCAACAUAAGACUAUAUUACAGAGGAUAACAUCUAGACUUGAAAAUAUACAAUCAAUGAUUUGCUCAAUAAAUAUUUAUUUACAUAGGCAGUUACAGCAGUGUAUUAGAAUGGCAUAGUAGAUUUGUUACUGCUUGGCCUGAAAAAGAUUCACCUGUAUGCAAUGGAGAUAUCUCUUGCCACAGGUCAUUUCCUUUGUAUCAUUGUAACACGUGCCUGUAAAAGCUGUCAUAUUACUGCAGGUAACAUUUAUUAAAAUAAAAAUAGACAAGUAAAAUUGUUGAGUAAAAUCAGAAGAAAUUCACACAUACACAUGUUUUACCCCUGCAAAGUCUCAGUUUAUUCUUCAGGUAUAAAUCAGUCACGAACAUUGAAUUCAUUGAACAUGAAAAUGAUCAAGGACAAAAAUGUAUAGUUACAAAAAACUGAGGAUUAUAAGUCUGAUUUUAAUGAAAAUAUAAAGUAUAUACAGUAAUGGAAAUGUAAAGUAACUACAGUACAGUAUGUGUCAUUGUUAAACAUUUAUAGGCAUCUAGUAUUCAUAGUGCAUUGUAAGCAUAUUGUAUAUGUGUCACGUAGCGUCCGUAACAUUCAUUACAGAUGCAACCUUAGCCUGGCAAAAACGGAAUUGUAAGUUGGGUGUUUUCAAAUUGUUAAAAGUCUCUGUAUUCGCAGUAUGCUUAAGAAUUUACAGAGUAACACUAUCUGCAUUUUUUUUUAAAUAUCUGUCUUUCUGUAGUAUGUUUCUAUAUCACAUGACCUGGAAGCCUGUUUGUGUUCGUAGAAAAGAGGAAAUGUUUCUCCUCUAAUCAUAUGCUGUUAAAAGCACAAAAACUGCAAAUGAAAAAGUCAAUAUUUAUUAUUUAACUAUUAUAUUCAUAUAGGGUAGUUAUAUAUGUUAGUUUGACUCAAAAAUACAGGUAAAAACAUCUCCCUGCAUUUAAUAAUAAUAUAUUAUAUAUAAAGGCCCACUUUAAAGUUUGCAAUUGAACACCUAAUUAAUAAAUUUAUAAUGCACUAUGACUAGAGGAUUCAUAAGAAAAUUAACUUAUAUAUAAUCAUAUACUAGAAUAUAUCAUUUAAGGUCCACUGAUCACAUUUAUCGUGAUUGUUUUGAAGAACCUGUCUUACAUAACACCUUCUUAAAUAAGAAAAUGUUUAGCAGAAGCUGCUUUGAAUUGUUUCUAUGACCAAUAGAGUGGCCUGGUGUUAGCUCAAUGUUUCUAUCAGCACUGUCACACUCCUGGAACUGUCACACUUCCACCAUGUGCAAGGUCUAAAAAAAAAUCAGGAGUAAAUUUUGACUUGAUUUCUUUUAUUGUCUUAUUCAAGAAUUGACCUUCUGUCUGUAUACAAGGGGGUCACUGAACUCAGAAUAUCAGCUUGCAUGUUAAAGUUUCAUUAUCAUGUGGAUGGACAGAUGGAUGGAUGGAUGGAAGGGUGGAUGGAUGGAUGGAUGGAUGGAUUGGUAGAUGGAUGGAUGGAUGGAUGGAUGGAUGGAUUGGUAGAUGGAUGGAUGAGUGGAUGGUUUGGUGGAUGGAUGGAUGGAUGGAUGGAUGGAUGGGUGGAUGGAUGGAUAGAUGGGUGGAAGGAUGGAUGGAUAAGGAACAAAAAGCUGUAAUCAUGUGCGAUUGUUUGCCUUCAUAUAAUAUGGAAACAGCAGCACUAAUGUAGAAUGUAAACGUACAUGGAAGUUUUGAUAAUCACUGGGCCAGUGUGCUGUAACAGAAUGACUGAGAGGAGGAAAGUAGGCCACAGGAAUAAUCUUACUGCUGUGUGCUGGUUUCUCCUUCUGAGCUCUCCAGAUGAUGGCUGAGCUUUAGGAAUUCCAGCCAUGAUUGUCUGAAUUAACUGAAGUAUCAGUGAAAAACAGGUUUUUAGCCAAAUUAUUUAACUUCUGAGUAUAUCUAUUUUUAAUAUACAAUUUUUUUUCCAUAUGUACAAUAAUUGUCAUUUUGUUUUUUAUUUUGUUAUAUAGUAAGCAAUGCUAUCAUUGACUAGUGGAUACUCAGGAUUUCAUUUCAUUUAACAGGGAUAACAUUUAAUAUUUGCAGCUUGAGCUUUUUUUUCUUUGCAUGAUAACUAUUUUGCUGUAGAUUUAUCUAUUUAAAGGCAUGUUGGCACAUUUUGGAUUGAAACAUCAAUAUCAGAAUUCAGCAUUUUCCCCAAUUUAUAAUAUAUAAUAAUUGUGUUGCCCUGAUGUUUUUUUUUUCCAUGAAUUGGAUGUGUUUAAUAUAUUGAAAUAUUGAAAUAUUUUAAAACAUGGCUUGAUUUAGAGUCGCUUAAGAUUGGUCUUCUGUAACUCAAUAAAGAAAUGAUGACUUAAUAGGACUGAGAAUAUAAAAUGUAUCACUAUAAUUUUGUCAUGGUCAUGCUAUGGCAAUGUA